CUUAGCUCUAUUGCUAUUUCAUCCCGCGCAUUCAUUACCCUCCGCACUAUCGCGCUCUCUGUCGCACGCGCUGCGCGUGUCCUGAUUGGCUCGUGCGCUUUGUUACGUUCAUCGCUAAUCCAAAUACCAUAAUGAGCCCUUAACGACGGGUUCGGGUAAAAUUAUUCAGUUCAAGUUCACGUUGAAUUUCAUUGCCAACAUGUCAGCCACCCAAGUUUAUUCCGAGGAGAUUAGUGGCGAUGGAGACAUUACUCAAGCUACCGCCGUAGCUUCAGUAGCAGCUGUUCCGGCUCGUCCAGAUGAAGGAAAGCUAAUUGGCUUCAGCCAAAGAUUGACGGAGGCGUUAUUGCACCUGCGGUUGGACGAAUUCCAAAAAGAAAAUGUGCCCCUACCGGGAAAGAAGGGGAAUUGCAAAGAAUUCCCUGAGUACCGCUUCGGCGACGUGUGCAAUCUGGAGCAUCGUCAGUGCAAGUACGGAGUGGAAUGCCCGCUCCGUGGUUGCACUGAAUCACACGUGGCUCCAGACGAGGCGACGCCCAACCGUACACCUCAGAUGCGACGUCCGAGGCUCCUCCGCCGACACAUUGAUCGAGCCGCCGUCGCUGACGCGACUUCCGAGUUGACACGUCACCCACGCCAUCUCCGACGACGCAUAGCCCGUUCAAUUUACGUAAUCCCUCAUCGCGCCAGGUGCUGAUUUAUGAAGCAAUUAAUUUAUACUAUGUACUAUUACUAGUUUUUCUACUAUUAUUAUUACUACUAUGUAACUAGUUAUCCUUAAGAAUAUAAAAUUGAAUCUGAA